UCUUUCCCACGUCGCUUGCGUCCUGGAGGUGCUACAUACUGCGCAUGCGUACGCGACUCCGGUCUUUUUCCCCCUAGCGCGGCCGACUCUGCAGGUCUGCGUGGAGCCGCAGUUGCGGGUCUCUGUUCCGCAGGAUGGGGUUCGUGAAAGUUGUCAAGAAUAAGGCCUACUUUAAAAGAUACCAAGUGAGAUUUAGAAGGCGGCGAGAGGGUAAAACUGACUACUAUGCACGGAAACGAUUGGUGAUCCAGGACAAAAAUAAGUACAACACACCGAAAUACAGGAUGAUAGUUCGUGUAACGAACAGAGACAUCAUCUGCCAGAUUGCAUAUGCCCGUAUAGAAGGGGAUAUGAUCGUCUGUGCAGCAUAUGCACAUGAACUUCCAAAAUACGGUGUGAAAGUUGGCCUGACAAACUAUGCUGCAGCCUAUUGCACUGGCCUGCUGCUGGCCCGCAGGCUUCUGAAUAGGUUUGGCAUGGACAAGAUCUAUGAAGGCCAAGUGGAGGUGAAUGGAGACGAGUACAAUGUGGAAAGCAUAGACGGUCAGCCUGGUGCCUUCACUUGCUAUCUGGAUGCGGGUCUUGCCCGAACUACAACUGGCAAUAAAGUUUUUGGCGCCCUGAAGGGAGCUGUGGAUGGAGGCUUAUCUAUCCCCCAUAGUACCAAACGAUUCCCUGGCUAUGACUCUGAAAGCAAGGAGUUCAAUGCAGAGGUGCACCGGAAGCACAUCAUGGGUCAGAAUGUGGCAGACUACAUGCGCUACCUGAUGGAGGAGGAUGAGGAUGCGUAUAAGAAACAGUUCUCUCAGUACAUCAAGAACAACGUGACUCCAGACAUGGAGGAGAUGUAUAAGAAAGCUCAUGCUGCUAUCCGAGAGAAUCCAGUCUACGAGAAGAAGCCCAAGAGAGAAGUGAAGAAGAAGAGGUGGAAUCGUCCCAAAAUGUCUCUUGCCCAGAAGAAAGACCGGGUUGCUCAAAAGAAGGCAAGCUUCCUCAGAGCUCAGGAACGGGCUGCUGAAAGCUAAAGCCAUUUUCUAUGAAGAUUUUUUCAUAAAGACAAUAAACAUUGAUCAAAGCA